CUUCAAGCUUUCAGACACGGCGGCAGCGUUUCUGCGGCGUUACUUCCGUUCCGUCUGGGCUGGACAUCUGUGACUUCCUGAACGGGAGAUCUCCGGAGUCAGGAAGCUGAGUUUUGUAGCAGCCAGGCUGCGAUAUGGGAGGUAAAAUCUCUCGUGUCAGUUGGGACGAUUCCUGAAGUGGUGAAGUGCCUUUGGAGAGGCAAAGCGUAGAUUCUCAUAACUCGAGAGACUGAAGACUUGUUGAAGUUUGGUGACCAGCCAGAAUCGCGAUGGCGUCUUUUCGGUUCGCUUCCCCGAGGUCGCGACCAGCGGUUUUCGGCGUUCUGGCGGUGUUCUCGUCGGUGUGUUGCGUCCUGGUGCUGCUGAGUUCUCACGAGGAUAUCCUGGAGGCGAGCGUGUUCCCGCUGUCGGUGGACUACUACGGCGCGGCGGUGUCUUUGCUGUACCAGCGGGGGUUCGACGUGAGCCCGCGGACCUGCCAGGUGGGAAAGAGGCGCGUUGAGGUGUUGGUGGUGGUGUACUCCACCUGCCGGGACAUCGCGGCGCGGAACUCGGUCCGGCGCACCUGGAAGGCGCACAGCAGGCCCGGGGACGUGUCCGUGGUCUUCCUGGUGGGGCGGUCCUCCAACCUGAGCUGCACGCACGGGCUGCGGGCGGAGUCGCGCACCCACGGCGACCUGAUCGUCUCGCGCAACUUCGACUCGGGGGCCAAGCUGACGCUCAAGUCGGUGGCCAUGGUGGAGUGGGUGUCCGACCACUGUCCCCGGGUGCGGCGCGUUGUGAGGACUGACCACGACGUGCUGCUGAACGUGCCGAGGCUGCUGGAGGUCGUCAGGUCAACCCGCGGGGACAGGAGGACCGUGUACGGACACCUGCUCCGAGGGACCCGGCCCGUGAGGACCCCGGGCGACGAGUGCUGGGUUCCCCGGUCGGAGUACCCGGCCGACCGGUACCCGGACCACGUGCUGGGGCGCGCCUACAUGUUCACGGGAGACCUCGCCCGACUACAGUUCUCGGCCGCCCUGAAGAUGCGGUUCUUCCGGAUGGAGGAGGUGUUCUUCACCGGGUUCCUGGCAGAGCGGCUGGGCGCGCGGCUGGCCCACGUGGACGGCUUCUUCGCGGCGCUGGACGACGUCGGGAGGGUCAACGCCUCGGACGACCGGGAGUGGGCCUUCGACCCGUGCGACCUGAGGCGCAGGGUCGCCGUCCAGCACGGCGGGCAGGACGCCAUGUACCAGCUCUGGCGCGUUUUCAACGACCGGUCGCGCAACUGCUAGGGAAACUCCUCCUGACGGGAGAUCCCAACCGUCCUCGAGGCUUUCGCGGCCAUUGUCUCAAGCAGCUUGGCUUCCGGGUUAUAGCCGCAGCCCCUGGCGUUUCAGUCGACAUUGCAUUUGCCAUCAUAAGGUAGCAGUUACCUACUGACCUGUUCGCGCUGCAGAAAAGGCAGCUGUGGUAUGGACAAUAACCAUGCUCUUUUGUAUAUCCUGUUAGAAGGUAACUGCUACCUGAUGAUGGCGACCGCAAUGUCGACCGAAACGUCGGUUGAAUUGUUCACCAAGCACACGGGCUACAACCCAGAAGCCAAAGCUACUUCCUAUCCUCGAGGUACUUAGUCGCAUGGGGCUGAUGAAGAGAUGAACUCUGGAUGCUAGUUGAAUCCCGAGCGCAGGUUUCACUAUCAGCUAAUAUUCAUUUAGGUAAUAUGGGUUUUCUGCCCCAAAAGGUUCCUAAUGGAGCAUUGUAGGGUGUUAUAACUGUACAAAAAAGUUAUUUAUAUGUUUUAACACAUGUACAGUCAGCCGUAAAAUGGCCCAUAUAACUGACUAUGUGCCCUUCUUAACUAGAACUUCUCAACUGUGUCUAUUUAUGUAACGGUCCCACAUGAUGGUUACUUCAUUUCCUUGGCAUUGCUAUGAAAUAAGGGAUUUCUCUAUUGGUUUAUUUCGAUAUUUCACGAACAUUUGUUGUCGUGUUACUAAUUUCUUCACCAUAUAUAAACCGAACAUCAUUCCUGAGCUUUAAAAGGUCACACAAUCGAUCUUAAUAUUGAAAACUUGCAAAACUUUUUUUUUUCCUUUUUUAAACUAUCUUAAGUAAAUAUAGUGUAUGUUGAAAAACUUCGAGACUAAAAUAAUUGUGCAAGAGCACUAUACACACACAGGAAUAUUAUUUACAUUAUAGGCAUGACAAUAAAAUUAAAUUAUCGGUCAUUGCAUGUGAAACCUAGCCUUAAAGAUCAAACCACAUUUGUCACCUGCCCUUUAAGUUUUACCUCAAAUCAUGUUUUUUUACAGCUCAUCAAAUCAAAAUGUUUAUUUUCUUGAUUUUUUUCGGAAUAAUUAACAAAUUAAAUGAUUCAAAAAAUGAAUAAUUAGAUUUUUUAAAAAGGAAAGUGAAUUCAAGUAUUAAAUGCUAAAGCUUGUCAACCAUGGUCACUACUUCAGGAAGUAAUUGUUCUGAAUUGUUAGGCGAAAUACAUUUUAAUAAUCUCUAGAAAUUGAAAAAAAAAUUAACUAAACAAGCACAUUUUAUCGUGUUAAUAAUUACAGAAAAAGUUUUCAUCGUAAUUAAAUUAUUUUGAUAUUUUCCAUUUUUUAAUAUGCUGCUGGUGAAACCUGCCCUAACACCGAAGGACUUAUUUGUUACAAAAAUUGUAAAAAAAAAAAAAAAAAUACUACUUUUGCAACAGCGUGGUUGACUGAAAGUUAUCAAAAAUACAAAUUUUCUCUGUGCUGUGAGAUUAUUUCUGUUUUAAUCAGCUACACUGUGAUAGUGGCACAGAGCAUGUGAAGAUUGUUUUGAUAUGUUCAUAUCAAUGAUAAAAUAUAAAAAAAACACUUUGAGAUAGUAAACUGCUUCAUGUGACAAUGGCUGGCCAAAUUCUAACAAAUGAAACUGGAAAUUUUGACAGAAAUAAAUUAGGAUAAAUAAAAAUUGUAAUUUUUGAACCGAUGUUUUGUGUGCGAAUGCCGCUUCGAUGUUUGUACUGUGCGUAUGAAACUGUGCUAUUUGUUCAUGUUUAAAUGCAGAAAGUGUUUUGGAGCAUCAAAAUUAAACUUUACAUUGUUUGGUUUAGUAAAGGUACUAGUUGUAAACAAAUCCAUGUGUAAUUGAAUACAAUAACUGAUUUGGACAAAUAUAUCGGCACAUUGUACGUUUAUGACAUGCCUAUGCGUAGAAUAAAAGAAAAGUUCUGUAACAUUAUUAGUCUUUGGGUGCUUGCAUAGGCGUGCGCACGGUAGGUGCCACAGGUGCCUUGGCACCACCAUUAAGGCGAUUGGUGCAUGGAAAAUAUUACGACAAAACUAAUUUAACUGUACAUAUUUAUUUUUGAUGCUUCUUUUUAAGACAUAAUAUACCUAGGA